AUGAAUAGUAGUCGAACAUUCCAUACAGCAUCUGUAUUAACAAAUGGAAAAGUUUUAGUCACUGGUGAGCAGGGUAAUGAAGACCGUGCUCUGAAUACUGCUGAAUUGUAUGAUCCCGCAACAGGAACUUGGACAACUACGGGUAACAUGACUACUGAACGAUGGGAUCACAGAGCAUCGGUAUUACCAAAUGGAAAAGUAAAAAGCCAGACAUAUGGCACAAACACACAACGACGUUGA